AACCGACUCUCCCAAUCAAUCGUCAUACAUAUAUAAUGACCUGUACUUCCAAUCUUUCUCUCAUUCGCAUCCUUUCAAUCGUGUCGCCUCAAUCUCCUGAUAAUUGUGAAGAUCCAAAACCCUAGGCUCCUUCAUUUCGAAAGAUUCUCUGCGAAUUUUGUGAUUAAUUUGUGAAGAAAUGGCUCGUACCAAACAGACUGCUCGCAAAUCAACCGGUGGUAAGGCUCCGAGGAAGCAACUCGCCACCAAGGCUGCUAGGAAAUCAGCACCGACAACUGGUGGAGUCAAGAAGCCUCACCGCUACCGUCCUGGAACCGUUGCCCUUCGUGAAAUUCGCAAGUACCAGAAGAGUACUGAGCUUCUGAUCCGCAAGCUGCCUUUCCAACGCCUGGUUCGUGAAAUCGCUCAAGACUUCAAGACCGACCUCAGGUUCCAGAGUCAUGCUGUGCUUGCGCUUCAGGAAGCUGCAGAGGCCUAUUUGGUGGGUCUGUUCGAGGACACCAACCUGUGCGCCAUCCAUGCCAAGAGGGUGACAAUCAUGCCCAAGGACAUUCAGCUUGCUAGGCGCAUCCGUGGCGAACGUGCUUAAAUAUGUCUACUUUGUUUUCAUAUUAAUUUCUUAGAUAAUUAGGUGUUUUAGAGCAGCAGCCAUUGUUACUUGUUUCUGUAUAGAAGUAUGCAUUUAUGAACUUUUGGGCAUAAUUCUUCCCAAAUUGUUGUAUUUGUUUUCGAACUUCAGGUUGUUGAUACAUAUAUGACUUUAUAAUUUUGCCCAUCAA